CACACACACAUGGAGACUGGCAAUGUUGUCUGGAAGUCUGAUUUGAAGCAGGAGCAUGGAAUUCCGCAGCACAAUCGGAUCUACGUUUUCCUAAGAUUUCUGGCGUUUGCUGCCACAUUAGCUGCUGCAUUAGUCAUGGGCGUAAACAAGCAAACCAUUACUAUGGUUGUAGGCCUGGGCAAUGCCAAACCCAUAUACGGAAAUGUCACUGCCAAGUUUCACCAAACCCCAGCUUUCAUGUUUUUUGUCAUAGCCAAUGCCGUAGCGGCUGGGUACUCGUUGGUGACUUUCAUUCUCUCACUGGGGAAGAUGGUUGGCUGUUUCCAUACUCCAAUCAGCCUUCUUCUGGCCAUUGGUGACCUGGUGAUGGUGGCUCUAGUGUCUGCAGGGGGAGCAGCAGCAGCUUCAGUGGCAAGAUUGGCUAAGAAUGGGGAUCAACGUGCAUACUGGGAUAAAAUAUGCGAUAAGUUUGAUGCAUACUGUAGGCAUGGAGGGGGUGCUUUGAUUGCUUCUUUCCUUGGAGUCUUCUUCCUCAUGAAUCUCAAUGUGCUUUCCACAUUAUAUCUUUACAAAUUGGCCAACAACAAGAGGAUGUAGUGAAACUCUUCACAUACAUCUUGGGAUGUAAGAAAUGGAUUCGCUAUAUAUUAAGCAACGAAACAUAUAAUUGGC